UUCCACGUAGCGUAUAGCAAAGGCCGUCUCUCACAUAAUGUCUUCCCUUCCUAUAAAGGAUCCCACUCUUCACUCUCUCACUUUUCUCACCUCAAACAAAAAGUCUCUCUAGCUACUCUGCUACUAACUACUAACAGCAACAGCAAACAAGAAAGAGAGCGGAACCAGAUGGGUAACUAUCGGUUCAAGCUGUCGGAGUUAAUCCCUAACGCAUGGUUUUACAAACUGAGAGACAUGGGGAAGUCGAAGAAACAUCAUAGGCCCCCAAACAAACACCUCUCUCCUCCUACUCCACGCUUUCGUCCUAGCCCUUCCACUCCACGCUCCGCCGGCCACCCUCUUCUUCACCGUCCCACCGUCGACUCUAAGUCCUCCACGACUUCCGCCGACAGCUCUGCCACCGGAACUGGUUCCUUCUCACCGGAGUUUCGCACAGAUCAAGCUCUCCUCCCAAACAGCCCUUGCAGCUGCUCCAAGUUAUCCACCGAUCUCCGGCCGAUCAUUACCAAACCUGCCACCCCGGCACGAAAACCAGCGGUGAGUUCUCCUGCGGGGGUGAGACGUAGGCUGCGCUCGCCGCGGAUCUCGACGAGGAAAUCAGUAUCGGUGAGGAGAAGCGGAGGCGGGACGUCGGCGAGGCGGAGCAGGGCGGUGGUGAAGGCAUCGGUGGAUCCGAGGAGAGACUUUAAGGAAUCAAUGGAGGAGAUGAUAGCAGAGAACAAGAUAAGAGAGUCAAAGGAUCUGGAAGAGCUUUUGGCUUGCUAUCUCUGUCUCAACUCCGACGAGUAUCACUCUGUUAUCAUCAAUGUCUUCAAGCAAAUCUGGCUUGAUCUUAAUCUUCCUCCCAAUUUUUCCUAAUUAUUCAUAUUUUUACGUCUUUUUUUUUUGUUUCUCCCCCCUUAAUUUAGUAAUCUCAAUAAGAUGUAAAUAUAUACUAGUAUGGUUUUAAUUCAUUAUAUAUUCUUGUACUAACUAUAUAUAUAUAUAUAUAUAUAUAUGCAUGGUCGCCUAGAGUAGAGAAGAGCCUCCUCCUCCUAUAUAUAUAUAUAGUUUGCGAUGAGAGUGUUUUUGAUUUGUACUUGUUGUAUAACCAAAACGGCCAUUCCUUGAAACCCAAAGUACAGGAAUGGGCGCAGAGUACUACGGGACGGGGGCUCAAUUCUACUACUUACUUAAUCUGCGCGGACGGACACAAAGCAAUAGCGUUUUUGUUACUUUUAAAUGUGGAUAUAUGGACGGCUGUUGAUUAUUCAUUUGUCAGGUGACAAUUAUACUGUCCGGCCAUGUAUUUACAAACUACAUCUUUCUCACGAAUCUAAAAAUAAAGAACUGAUUUAGAGAGACU